AUUCAGUUCGUCUGCUAGAACGACUACUGCAGUUUUGGAUCACGGCUCCGUGACAACAGAAGAACGUUAUCAACGAGAAAGCUAAAUUAAUUAUAACUUUGAAUGAAGUAGAGCCGCAACUGAAAUGUAUUUGCAUAAGAACACGUAGCGCGAAGAUAUGAAUUAUCUCUCGUAUAAGAUCCUUGCGUUUGUGUUUUGACAGAGCAGUGUUUGUUUACGUCGAGAGAAACGUGUAUGUAGCCAGCUGCUAAAAAUAAAAGCGGCCCUAGACUGAAAAGAAUAAUAGCAUUAAAAUGAUUGGAGAAGACGUUCAUAACCCUGUACUUUCGAACCGUGAUAACGGUAGUGUUCCCAUUUGCUCUGACUCCAGACCUUCUGAAAUUAUUGCGAAAUUGCAAGAUGUUUAUGAAAAAAUCUUAGAAAGCGUUGACGAAGAUGCUGAAGUAGAUGCAUUGAAGUUGAAGGUCUCAACUCUUCAGUCCUGGGUUAAAGAUUUGACGGAACAGAAUAUGCUCCUUGUAGAGACUGCAGAGCAACUAGAGAAAGAAGCUGCUGAACGGGUAUCCUUACUAGAAGAACGUAUACGACAGACAUCACAAGCGGCGUUGAAAUACAUGACUAAGUUGCAAGAUUAUGACAGCCAAGUUCAAGAUUUGGCUGGACAAAAGAUAAAUCUUGUGAGCAUGACUCUGUCCCAAGAACAGCUUCAGACACGUGUAAGCAAUCUCCAGAAUGACAUAAAAAAUCUGUUGGAACUAAUUCAGCGAGGUAAAGAGACGGGCUCUUGGGACUUGGAUAAUCUGUCUUUCAAGGAAGUGGUGUGGGAUGAUAAUUUUGUUGGUACAUUAUCAGUGGAGCAGCCUCAACAACAUAUCUCAGCAGAGGUAAGAUUUUUAUUAUCAUUAGUUCAUCUUAUAUCUGCUCUCAUCUCAGAUAAUGAAAUAAAGUCGUCCAUCUGCUCCUCUCAAGUAGAACUUAAUGUUUUUGAUAAUGUGUGUAUAUUUCCCUACAGACUGAAAUGUGAUAUUACCAGACUCCUUUACAAGGAAGUUAUUAAGAUAAAUAACAUAGUGAAAAAGUCUGAACUGGUAGUCAGUGUUACAGAUCUUAUUAUAUGUUUUGACUCUGAGAUCUUUGCAUUGAGCAUAAUAUCAGAUUUUGGAGACGAAAAUGUCAAAAAAGUCAAAACUGCAAAUGUAAGUUAUCAAAACAGAAAUAAAAUAAUCUCUCAUAAUUCACCACCUUCUUGCUUUUUUGUAUUCCUGAAUUCCACAUCACUCAGCUCUGUCAUUUAUGAUCACAACAUGUUGUUGCUUGUUGAUAAUGAAUUUAUGUUGGAAAUUAAUGUUACCCAUGAUAUAAUAGCAGUAAGUUUAAACAAGAGAGCUACUGGCAGAAUUCAAAAAAUAGGAAAUAAAGCAUCAGUGCCAGAUUGUGAGGAUAAAGUUGUGAUUCAAAAUUACCAAUCACAAAUUUCUCUAUGGAAAAUUAAGGCAUUAGAAGCAGAAGCAAAGAUAAAAAAACUAGAAGAAGAUGCCAUCAAUAAAAAAAAUACUAUGAGUGACUUGCAACAGCAAUUUGCAGAAAGUCAGACUUGCCUGGAUUCAACACUCAAGGAGAAUGAGAAAUUGUGCUCUCAGAUAAAGGCACAUAUGGAACAGAUGUCUUUAAAAGAUAAAGAAAUUGAAAAAAUCAAGAAAGCCAUACUUGAUAUGGAAAGGUCUUCCAAGGAUGAAAGGACAGCACUAACAGCUGAAGUAGCUGAAAAACAUGACGAAAUCAGAUCACUGACUGAAAAGAAUAAGCAGCUUGAAAAUCGAUGUCGAGAUGCAAAUAUGCAAACUCAGUUGAAAGAUGACAUUAUAAAACAGAUGAGGAAGGAUAUAAAACAGUUAAAAACGGAGACGGAAGGACAUUGCAUCUGCAAGAACCAAACGUCUCCGGAAAUGACGCUCCAGGUGACUGAUGGGAAGGACUCAGAGAAAACAACUGAAACUGUGGAUGCACGGAUUUUUGAUGAACAGACUCGGAUACACAUUACUCACAGUAUAAAAGAGAGUACACCGGAAACAAACACCGCCGAAGUUGACAGUUUGAAGAAAGAAUUAUCAGAUACAAAAGAAGAAUUAGAAUCAUUGAAACUAAAUCAAAAGUCAAAGGAUCAGAUGCUUGCAAAUCAAAUGGAAAUGCUCAAAGUGCAACAGGAUACACUGAAUAUGACUCAGGCUGAGUUAAAGGAAGCACAGGAGCGUAUCAAAGAACUUGAGAAUAUGAAGAAAUCAGCAGAAGAUUUGUCUAACGAACUUAAAGAUAAAAGUGAAGAAGAGAAAGCACAAAAAGAGGCUCUUGCAAAAGCUGAGAAGAGGAAUGAAGAACAGCAAGUGACCAUCAAAAAUCUUCAGGAGGCCUUACUGUCUACAAAAAAUCAGCUGGAAGAGCUCCAAGGAAAAGGAACAGUGGAAAUUAAUAUGAAAAAUGACACAAUAAAAGCACUUCAUUUGGCACUGUCGGAAGCUGAAAACCAAUAUAUAGAUUGCUAUGGGGAGGUGGUGAUAAAAGCAAAUACAGUGAAGAAUCUGAAGGAAUCAAAUCUCAGCCUCCACUAUCAAAACGACAUACUACAACAGGAAUUGUGUCUUCUGGGAUUUUUUUUAUCUGAGUUCUUUAUUGAACUCAGUAUGACAAAGGAGGAGUUGAAGCAGGAAAAUAAGAAACUAGAACAAACCAUAGAAAAACUAGAAAGAAAGGUCUCUGAAAUACAAAACUCGCUUGAUGAAACUGAAGAAAAAUACCAAAAGGUUGAAGAAAAUAACAGGAAGUUUCAGUAUGAAGUUAGUCUUAUGUCGCAACUGAAGGAAAUAUCAGACCAGAACAAUGUAGUAUUGGCAGCUGAGAUUAAGAAUUUAAAUGCAGAGAUUAACAAACUUCAGAACCAAUUACAGAGAAAAGAUUCAGAGGUAGGUUCUCUGCAACUAGCUCUGAACAAAGAGAAGAACAGUGUGCAGCACUCAAAGAAAGCAUAUGGAUUCGCAAAUGAAACUUUAAAAUGUUAUCUUGUGCAAACUGAAUCUCUGUAUAAAAUGAAAGACAUACUACAAGAAAAGAGUAAAAACCUAGUAAGCCAGAUGUCUUAGAAGAACUGUGAAUACAUUACACAACAACGUGCGGUAUCUAAAACAGAAGCUAUGUGAAAGCAUUGGCCAUUCCAACAUGAGAUGUUACACUUGUCCAGUUAUAAAAGUGCUACAGAAGUGCCGUUCAUCUACAGAGUAUUGCCCAAAUAAAUCAAGGGAGAUGUGAAAAUGCAGUAAGAUUGUGCAAAUACUGUAAGAUACUGACUAUGGUUUCAUGUCAUUCAUAUUUUGACAGAACUGACUGUCUCUUCAAGUAGCAAAAUUUGAAUACAGUGUGAAGUGAAUAGUUGAAACGCUUGUCUUAAUGUGUUCAACAUAUUUAUGGGAGUUCAAGAAGAGUGAUUUUUAGGUUAGGAACAUUAAAUAGGUACCAGAUGUGUUUAGUGUCACCGAUAUUAUUAAGUAGUGUGUUUAUUAUGAAAGGACUAAUAUCACACAAAAUCUACAUAAAAAUGUAUAAAACACAUUACAUUUUACAUAAUUUAUGUGUCUGCCUGAAAUCUUUUUGAAGAUUCUUGU